AUGAUUUUUCAAUAGUUAUAUAGAAUCGUAAUACUACAGACGUGAAAGUUUGUGAUUAAGAUUUUUAUUCAAUAAAUCAAGAUGAGGUGUAGAUACUAUACGGAAUUGACGCUUGGGUGGAUGUUGAAUAAUAAAAUGAUAGUUUUCCUUGGACUGUUAUCGUUCAGUCUUUUCGUGUCUACGCUGGCGUUGGCAGGUCAAAGGAACAGAUACAAGGCGGAGGUUGAAGAACUUCUGUCAUCAACUUCGGUCAAUCCUCCUACAGUUACUGAUCAAACUAUACCUACUAAUCCUGCUACUGACGAAACAACUGAAACAAGUAGUGGUUCAGUUGAAGUAGAAACUACAACUGAAAUACCAACAACUGUAACAGUUAACACUGAAACGGUUACUGAAACUGAAACUACUGAAAGUACUACUGCAGGAACAGAUGAAAAUCGUGUUGUUCCUAAGGAAAAAGCUUCUUUAACCCAAGAUGAUCUAGAAAAAACUCAAAUUAAAGAUGAUAUUCGUCCUCAAACGGCAGUUGUAAGUGAAAAUUCAGUAAUAAAUAGUGAAUCGGAAAUAGAUUCGCUAAAAGUAAGACGUAAUAAUGAAAAAGUAGAAGAUACUGUACAGCAGUCACGUUUUUUAUUAAGAGAUAGUAAGUUGUUCGAAGCGUUGGGUGCCAAUGCGUGAAUAUACAAUAAAGUGUGAUAACGUGUAUGUAGAUGACAAGGUUAUGUGUUAUUUAACAUAAUAUAAUUUUGUAUUUAAUCACUAAAUUUAUUGUACUUAAAAAGUUUUUGACGAAAAUAUAAAAGUUUAUGGUGAAUGAAAGAUAUUGUCAUAACUUUAUAUAAACCUUAUCAAUAUUGAAACAAACAGAACAAAUAAUUAAGAAUAUAUUUUAAAUUUUAAAACUAUAAAAUUGUGAAACGGAUGUUACAUGAUUAUUAUUUUAUCUAGUUUAUUUGAAAAUGAAAUAGGUAAUUAAAUACAAAUUUGGUAAUAUACAAAUUUAAUAAACAAGUCAUUUUUUCAUUGAUUUUUUGUUCUGAAUGGAAAAUUGAGUAUUUCAUCAUUAUUAUUACUUAGAUAAGCAUUAAAGUGUAUGAUUUAACUUUUUAAUAUAAUGAUAAUUUUUUUAAUGUAGAACGCUUUCUUGCAUAUUUAUUACAUUUACUCAGAAUUUAAAAAGUCUUAGUCAUGUGAAUAAGACAAAUAAAUCAUUGGGACCAAAAUUUUAACAGCUCUCUACUUGAAGAGAGAAAGGUACCUAUAGCCACCAAAAAUGUGAUUUUAAUAAUUAGUUUUUUUUUAUAUUAUUAAUUUUCUAAAUGUUAAUUAACGUUAAAAUUUGUCUUUAACAAAUCUUACAUUGCCAUAAAAUCAUGUCACACGCAUGUCAUGUCUUACGGGGUAGACAAAAGCAAUAGUCCCAAAACUACAUUUAUCCGAUGUACGAUAAAAUUUGGUUUGAUAAAAAUGAACAAAUUAUUCAAUAUUUUAAACAAAGGUUUUCCUUAUACAAAAGAUAAGAUACGUUCUGAACACAGUGUGUGUAGGUUAAUCUAUUUAACCUGUGGUUAAGCGGUUUGUUUCAAAGCGCCGUCACCACCGACACUUGGUCCCCUCAGCUGAAGCCAUAGAAUUAGAAUAUAAAUUGAACUCUUUAUAUAAACAUUUAUAAUUUGCAUUUAAGGGGAAACACUGUAUGAUUUAUUGUAUCUUGUUAUAGUUUUACCUUUGGGUUGCGGGGGUCAAAAUAUAGUAGUUUUGUGUAAAAAUUAUUUAACUCAUCAAAUCUCCAACUGGGCUAGCAUGGCGAGUGCGACUGCGUUUUCGUCUCGCGACAAACUAUUGCUGUUUCGCUUUUUAUUAUGACGUGAAACGAGACAGCGAUAGUUUAUCGCGCGAUAGAAACGUCGAUGCGCGUGCCACCUAGACAUACAUACAAACAUACAUAUAAACAUACAUACAAACAUACAUACAAACAUACAUACAAACAUACAUACAAACAUACAUACAAACAAACAUACAUACAUAUAGUCACGUCUAUAUCCCUUGCGAGAUAGGCAGAGCCAACAGUCUUGAAAAGACUGAUAGGCCACGUUUAGCUGUUCGGCUUGAUGAUAGAAUUGAGAAUCAAAUAGUGAUAGGUUGCUAGCUUAUCGCCUAAAAGAAGAAUCCCAAGUUUAUAAGCCUAUCCCUUAGACGUCUUUACCGACAUCCAUGGGAACGAGAUGGAAUGGUCUUAUUCUCUUUUUUAUUGGUGCCGGGAACCACACGGCAUUAUCAAAGGAGGUGAGAUUAGAAGGGGACUCCGACUGUGAUCAUGACUUACCCAAGUCAGGUUUUCACCCAGAGCAAGUCCCGUUUGACCUACGCAACCUUGCAGGAGGAUAACUAAAGGUGUUUUUGUAGACCUGUAUAUCGAUUUUGUAAUCGACUUAUGUAUCUAGAAACCUAAUAAAAAAUACGAUAAACUAA